AUGGACGACUUCCCUCUGCCCGCAGGCAACCUCAACACAAUUGAGGAACCUCCCGCGAAUGCCCUCCUCGGAAAACGAUCAUCCGCGUACCUCUCCACCGAGCUCUCAGCGCGCUAUACAACCGUCUCCAUCCCGGCAUCGUACGGCGGCCUCGACUCCAGCCCACCACCCGGCACAGUCGCCGGAAUCGUCCUGGGCAGCGUUGGCGGCGUGGUUAUCAUUCUCUACCUCACAUUCCUCGCCCUGAACCCCGGCGGUAUAGCGCGCGGCGGUUCAAGUUCCACGGUCGACGAGGAGGUGGUUGUUCGCAGUCGGCGCCCGGGCUCUUCGCGACGCAGUGAUAUGAUCGAGGUUGUAGAGGAGCGUGGGAGUCGGCCGAGGAGUUAUCGGCGGCCGCCGUCGCAUGGGGAUCGAAUUGUUGUGGAGGAGUCGACGACUGGUACUACGACGACAGAUGAUCGGGAUGUGGUUGAGGUUUUUGAAGAGGAGUCUUCGGCUGUUUCGUCUGCUUCGCCUCCGCCUAGGAGAGGGGGGCGUGGGUAUCGGUCUGUUGAUCCUUUGGCUUAUGGGGGUGGGAGCUCGCAGGGAAGUCGGUAUCGGUGA